AUGGCUGACAUUGGUGAUCAACUAUUAGCAGAAGAUGACGAACACAACCAAGUACGCGAACAACAAGAUAUUGACUGGAUUCAAUAUUUGAGAGACAAACUUGUAAAAUUUCAUUCCAAGGUGUCUUCGUAUGGCACUAAUGUUGCCACUGCAAAAGGUAUUCAAAAAUUAUCGUCGGAAUUCGAAAUUCUUGUCUUCGGACCUGCACGAGUGGGUAAAUCGACAUUGAUUAGAGAGAUAUCUGGCGAUGAAAGAAUCGUCACUAGUGCUAAGAUGAACGCUUGUACGACGUCUUCAGAAAAAUAUUUGGAUAAAUUUAAUAUCCAAUGGUGGGAUACACCAGAUAUUAUUCGGGAAGCAGUCUCAUUAUUGGGCGGUCGAUCAACAGGAGCGCUUCGAUCAUCAUCAACCGGAAGGUUUCGGGCAAUUGAAUGUGCACCGAAAAAGGCCUAUAUCGUUCCAGUCAAUUCAAAGGAAGACGAAGCUUUAGGUAUGCGUGUUCCCAAGCAGAAUUUGAGAACGUUAAGACAGAUUCUCAUUACGAAGCUGGAUGACGAAUCACAAGGCAAACUCGUUCAGUUAUACAAAGAUAAUUUGGAUUUUUGGGCAAAACUCGGCUAUGGCGCUAUCGAAAUUAUUGAUGAUCUGGGUGUAGGAAAAGCUCCAGCGAUGCUUUCAGCUGAAGAAAAUGCAGUUUAUACACAGGUGAAAAAUGGCAACAAUCCAGUCAAAAAUGUUGCACCAGUUUUAAUGGCAAUCAUUGACAAGUAUUUUCAAAGUAGAUAA